CGCACCGUUUCGUACCCUCGCACAAACAAACGCCAAGUGGUGGAAGAGAGGAUCGCUCUGUCCGAAGUGAAAAAGACGGAGACGGAGAUACAGUCGGACGAUGGAGGAAGACAGAUCGGCGGCUGUCAGCGAGUGUAUGUAUUCUCUGAAACCGAUGCGAGUGAACAACGAGGAUAUACUUAUCUGCGUCGAUGUGGACGCCGAAUCGACGGUGGAGAUGAAGACUACGGGGGCAAACGGGAGGCCAUUGAUGAGGCUGGAUUGCAUCAAGCAAGCCAUUCUUCUCUUCGUCAAUUGCAAGCUCUCGAUCAACCCCGACCACCGAUUUGCUUUUGCUACGCUCUCUAAAUCCGCCGCUUGGCUUAAAAAGGACUUCACCAGUGAUGUCGAGUCUGCUGUUGCUGCCCUACGAGGAUUGUCUGCUACCUCAUCCUGUGGUCGAGCAGAUCUCACCUUUUUGUUCCGGGCAGCGGCUCACGAAGCCAAAAAAUCCCGAGCCCAGAACCGAAUCCUUAGAGUGGUUCUCAUAUACUGCAGAUCAUCUGUGAAACCGACCCACGAUUGGCCAGUGAACCAGAAGGUGUUCACGUUAGAUGUCAUGUACAUGCACGAUAAGCCGAGUCCGGACAACUGCCCUCAACAAGUGUACGACUCUCUUGUCGAUGCCGUGGAACAUGUCUCGGAGUACGAGGGUUACAUCUUCGAGAGCGGGCAGGGGCUGGCUCGGUCUCUUUUCAAGCCAAUGUCGGUUUUGUUAUCGCAUCCUCAGCAACGGUGCCCUCAGGAUGCCCUCGACAUUCCCAAAUCCCUCACAAAGAAAGCACCUGCAGAGCCUGGAAACGUUGAAGAUCACAAUGGCAAUAAUGGCGGUAAUAAUAAUAGUGCGAUAUCUGUAUAAAGCCAAUGAGGCGUCCCUGCUCGUGGAGUUGUUGCCAUUUUGUUUUCUGUUUGCUUAUAUGUUUGCAGGGUUAGUGUAUGAAUGAAUGUUUUUAAUGUAUAAAUAGUUGUAUCCAUGUUGAACCCGUUCUUAAGGCUACAUUAUGUAAGAUUAUCUUUGAAGGUGGAUUUUUUUACAAGUC